GUAUUUAAAUUUGAGUUGGUUGAGCUGGUCCGGUUUGACUGAGAGGCGCAAUGCUAGCAGGACUAGCACUGUUUAACGUUUUUUAAAGCCACUCCAAAAGCCAAAAAGCAUAUGAAAUGUUAAGAUAGUCCCAACCGCGUUAAAAAACGAAUAAAACUGCUCGUUAAAUUCAAAAUAUAUCUUGCUUACUAACUAACUAAAAUGAGCUAACGUCUAUGGAUGCUAGGCUAGCUGGCUAACAAGCUAGCUAACGUUACUUCUCAAAGUAACGUUAGCGUUGAAUGUCCACAGCUGAGUGAAUGGAAACGAGGUCACAGCAGAAUGUGAGAGCUGUGAAUGAAGCGUGUUUGUCGUGUUAUGUAACAGUAUAAAUCUCCGUGACCAGUGUUAGCUCGGCCACCAUCAUGCCUUUCUUGUUCCUGGAGCGGUUCCCCUGGCCCAGUUUACAGACGUACACGGCGCUGAGUGCUGCCCUGCUCGGGACCGUCCUGACCGUCUGCUCCCUCGAGUCCAGCCCGGAGAAGACCCACAGCCAGCCGGUCCACAGCUCCAGGGUCAGCCGCUACAUCAGGGAUGGUGUGCAGUACCUGAGUGCAGGGUAUGGAGAUGUGGCUGCAGAUGUUCUGGUGCACCUGCUGACUGACAGUGUCUCUGUUUGGGUGAUGGUCAACACAGCCUGCUGUGUCCUGCUGCUGAUCGCUAAACUCAUCCAGUGUGUCGUGUUCGGGCCGCUCCGCGUCAGUGAAAAACAGCACUUGAAGGACAAGUUCUGGAACUUCGUCUUCUACAAGUUCAUCUUUGUAUUCGGCGUCCUGAACGUCCAGACGGUGGAGGAGGUGGUGAUGUGGUGGCUCUGGUUUGCCAUCCUGGUCUUCCUCCAUCUCCUGGUUCAGCUCUGCAAGGACCGCUUUGAAUAUCUGUCCUUCUCUCCGACCACUCACCUGUCCAGCCAUGCGCGGGUGCUGCUGCUGUUGGUGGUGUUGCUGUUGUGCUGCGGUGGUCUGGCGACUCUCUGCAGCCGCCUGGCUCGUAGUCAAGGACACCACAACGCCGCGUUCAUGGCUGCUGAGUGUAUGUUGGUGACUGUCAGGACGACACACGUCAUGUUUCGGUACUCCCUCCACCCGUGGGACGUGAACCAGGACAGCAGCAGGGAGAAUAAGUCCUCCUACGUUUACUACACAGACCUGCUGAUGGAGCUGCUGCUGCUGGGCCUCGACCUGCUGCAUCACAUCCACAUGCUGCUCUUCAGUAACAUCUGGCUGUCCAUGGCGAGUCUGGUGAUCUUCAUGCAGCUUCGUUUCCUCGUUCAGGAGGUUCAGAAGAGAAUCCGCCGCCACCAGAACUACCUGCGAGUCCUCCGCAACAUGGAGACCCAGUUUCCUGUGGCGUCUGCAGAUGAACUGGCAGCCAAUAACGAUGACUGUGCGAUCUGCUGGGAUGUGAUGAGUUCAGCUCGGAAGCUUCCCUGCGGUCACCUCUUCCACAGCUCGUGUCUGCGCUCCUGGCUCGAACAGGACACAUCAUGUCCGACAUGCCGGAUGUCUCUGAACAUCGGUGAAGGAGCAGGAGGAGGACGUGUGGAGAGGGAAACCAGGGAGGCUGCCGCUGCUGACAACGUGGCUGCUGUUCCUGGAGCCGACGCUCGGCCGCACCUCAACCAGCUCAACCACUUCUUCCACUUCGAUGGUUCUCGCAUUGCCAGCUGGUUGCCCAGUUUCUCAGUGGAAGUUAUGGCCACCACCAACUUUCUGGGCAUUGCCCCGGCCAACCCGUCGCAGAUCAACACCAUGGCUCAGCAGAUCCAGGAGAUGUUUCCUCAGGUUCCUCUCCAGCUGAUCCUGCAGGACCUUGAGAUCACUCGAUCCCUCGAGGUCACCACCGACAACAUCCUGGAGGGACGAGUCCAGACCGCCGCUGACCCGCCACUGGUCUUUGAGCAGCAGGUCAUACAGGUGACUCCUCCACCUGAGGACGAGGCUGCAGCCAUCAGCGAGUCAGAGCAGGGCGGCGGUAAUGAGACGGAGGAGGAAGAUGAGGAGGAGAAGCAGAUUUCUGUGGAGGAGAAGAUGGAUGAUGAUGAUGACUUGGAGGUUCGGUUUUCUUCAUCGGCGGAGCAGCGACAGAAGCUUCUGCUGCAGAGGAGGGAGGAGCUGCUGCAGCGAGCGCGCAGGGACUAUCUGACCAGGAACACCAGCUCCAACAACCCUGACUCCUCCCUUGUCAGCAACGCUUUGACCUCUGACCCCGUCACCCUGCGACGAGAAACAUUAGCAUCAGCAGCAGAACGGCGUCUGCAGAGACAGUCUGACUCCGCCCUCUGAGCCCAGACAGGAAAUGAGGUAGUUUAACUGGUGAGGAAGUUUUUUAUCGUCUGUGACUGCGUUUUUAUACCUGAACUACAAGGAACUUUCAUCAACUGGUGCGAGGACCCUACUGAAAUGCAACGAAUUAUCAUGUAUGCAAAUUAAUCACAUUUUUGAGGGACUAAAGAUGCUCGAAAACUAUACAGAAACAGCCAGUCGACUCACUGAUGGUCUUUUUUGCUUAUGUAACUCGUGUACAAGCAUCAGUAUUAAACUGAGACUGUUUCAUAACCAGUUAAAAACCCCUUGUGCCUGAUUCCCCCUCUGCUGAUGCUAAGAGGUGAUUACACUUUUAUUAAAUGACAACUUAGAAUCCUCCAGGCUCUGUUUCCACAGCAAAAGCUGCAUGUUUAAUGAGCGAGGCUGCUGUUCAGACCAUCCUCCAGUAAAGAAAUUGAUCUCUGAAGACAGGAAGCUGCACAGAUUGGAUCAGAUCAGCAUUAACUUCAAAUCUGAGAUUUUGAGAUAAACUCCAAGUUCAAUAACAACAUCCUGCUUUAUUUCCCUCUAAAUUAAUCUCUCUGCGUCCUCUAAGGUGGAUCCAUCCUAAUAUCCUAAUGUUUCAAAUCUGGACAGACUGAUAACAAUGUUAUUGAUCAGCUGAUGUUCAACUUUCAACAAGGUUUUUUCAAAAUUCCCUACAGGUGUUUGUGUUGAUGUAAAUGAUGUUUAAAAGAAAAGUGCUGGGACUGAUAGAAAAUGUAUUUUUGUGUUCUAAAAUGUUACGCUGUUUAACUGUGUUUUGUUUUGUCACAGCAAAAAUGUUCAUGUUUUUUUUGUCAUUUUCUUUAAAACAAAAAAAAAGACAAAACAUGUUAAAUUGUAAAAAUAUACAAGAGUCUUUUACACAGUUUUACAUCACAUACUGGAAAUUAAUAUUCUCAAUUAACAACAAUGACAGUAUUUGUUUAUUUAAGAGGUUGACUUUUCCUUUAAUCUUAUUAUUUAAUUGUUAAUUAUAUUUAAUGCCUGGUUUUAAAACAACAAGUAGUAUUUGAUCAUUUCAGAUGACUCACGAUGAAUUAAGUGUAGAAUUUGUCUUUCAAUGGGGUAUGUUAGUUUUAACAUUUGAAAUUGUAUUAUUUAUUUUGUUAGAAUAACUCUGCAUGAAGAUUUUGUGUCUUCUCAAAUGUUCAUACUGGUUGUAAUGAUCUGCACUUUGUUCCUGUUUACAGAUUGUAUAUAUACUUUUGCAUUUUGUACAAGUAUUUAAAAUGAAAAAAGAAAAAAAGUUGCACUGUUUUACAGCUUGACUGUAUGAGCUCAUACCAAUAAAUUUGUAUUCAAAGACAAUAAAAAAAA